GAAAAGUUUUUCUGUGAUAUUUUUGGUUUUAAGUUUCUUGUGUGCACCAUGACUGUUAAUGAGUAUUAACAAUAUCAAUGUCUUUGUCAUUGGAGUCACCAGUAUACGAGGCAACAUAUUUUAUAUCCAAAUGCAUAAACUUGGAUGGUUUGGAUCAAUGCAUUAAAACAUGUGUUUGGGCGUGCAGAGAUCACUCUAACUCACCCCACCCAAGAGAAAUUCUCUCAUCAGCACACCACAAGGGACCAGUUAUUCUUAUCUUCAGUGUUAACAAUCAGCAUGGUUGGCAUGGAUACUGUGAGAGUCUUUUUAACGAAAGCCCCAGAACCUCUUCUUCUUAUCCCACCUCUAAUGGGACUCCACCACAAGAAGUGGGUUUUAUUAGUUCACAAGGAAUUUCUAAAUUCGGUGGAAACGACAACGCUGACUCUGCACAGCCCACUUUGUGCAACAAAGCAGAAUACUUUUUCAGAGACAAAAACAGUUGGCAUCAUUUCAAUGUUAGGUGGCUGAAACAUUUUCUAACAUUUAACAAGCAAGCCUGCUUAAAAUUUGAACACACGCAGCAUUUGCUCCUCCCGGAUGGAACCCCAGUAAAUAAUUCCCGUAACUGGCAGCUUGUUGAAGAGAGGGUUGGCAGGGAGCUCUGUGAAUUGAUUGAUGAGCAUCACCAAAAGUUGUCCAUUUAUAAACAGUUAAAGGAAGAGGAAAAGCUUGGGAGAAAUGAGGAAUCAUUUUUCAAAGAAGAAGCGGCAACGUUAGGGACAGAAGUUUGUGGAGGGUGGACAGCUGUUAUAAGAAAAGUGGAAAGAGAUUUGGGCAAGGUGCACCUAGCUUGUCCUUUUGGCAGCCAAAGGUAAUUAUUCAAUAUCAAUAAUAAAAUAUUAUUUAAACUUUACACCAAAGGAGCAUAUUUUUUCUUCUGCCCUGGUAUUCAUUUUCUAUCCAUUUUAACUAAAUGUAGUUAAAUAAAUAAGAAAAUAAGUGUGGAUAAUUUCUUGUUCCAACAUAUUGUCUAUCAUUUUUUAAAAUGAAAAACCAGCAAAGAACAACAAUUUUAAACUUUUUACCUAUACCUUUUAAAAUUUAAAACUUAAACAAGUGCUAUAAGUCUGGCAUCAUCAUGCGUUGGAAAGUAGAAGAAAUUCUUUUGAGAAGUUCAGAUUAAAAAAACACUUUUGAAACAUCUCUUAAAAUAUGUAUAUUUCAUAUUCAAAAUGGAGUGUUUAAUUUUGUCUUCCUUUUAAACAAGAUACAACUGCAGCCUGCCAGAGAGUGACAAUGAUGUUUUUAUUGUGUAUCAAGCUAAAACCACACAGGUACUCAGCCUCGAUCCACCAAGACAGACAAUUAAGGUAAUUAACUUAAGCGACAAAAUAUGGUUUGCCUAAUUAAUAUAUACAAUAUCCGAUUAUCUUUAUAAACUUUAUAAGUUAAGGUGCUGGCUUUACAAUUCAAAUUUAAAUUUUAGAAACGUUCACUAAUAUAGGUCAUCGCUUUUAUGUUUUCAUUGGUUAUGUCCACCUCUUAUUUUUAACUUUUAUUGCUGUUAAAACUUGGGUAUUUUUUUUUUUUUGCUUUGUUUUACCCCAGAACAGUGAACGAGAACUUGUUGACUACACUGUUUUAGAACUCCAGCGUUACUGUGAAUUACUGCUGGCAGGUGAUCAAAGAUGUAUUGAAACUCUGUUUUUAGAGGAGACCAAAGCUGUGGCCUUGUCAACCUGUCAGUGGAGACAACUCUGUAAACUGAGGCAUCAUUUGCUUAAUAGGUAGUAAAGGAAAUUCAGCUUUUAACAGAGGGUUGUUUUUUCCCAUAAUGAAACAUCUAUGUUUGGUGUUUUUUUACACCCAAUGCUAAUAUGAUACUUUGGGGCUAUAUUUUUUAUAUCAUUGCUUGACCAUUCAAAAGAAAGAAGAAGAAAACAUGAUAUUUGCAGUUACCUUUAAAGAGAGAACCAACAAAAAAAACUACAGAUUUUUCAAUUUUGAAUCUUAAUGUAGGGCAUAUGACUACGCCAGAAUUACAUACCCUAUUUGCUCUAGACAUACAUUCCAUUACAUCUUUUUAUAAAGAGUAAAUCAUUAGUAUUGCAUGUCAGAUUUGAGCAUAAUUCAAUUGUGCUGUUGUUUCCUAGGUCUUGCUUUGACAAGUAUAUGAAGGAAGCGCAAGGAAAUACUGGGCUCAAGCAACUGCAGAAAUGGAAAGAUAACAACCCGGUUGUUGACCAAUUGACUCCAAAACUUAAUAAAUUGAGCUACAUUUCUAUCAGGCUUCUUCAGAAUGCUAGGUGAGGACAUAUACGUAUAUAGCAAAAUGUACAUGUUAUACAUGUUAUAUAUACAUACGCUUGAAAUUUAUAUGUAGUUUACUGGUAAGUAUUGGAGAUAAAGUCAGUAGAAAUUUUAGUCUGCAUCUUAUGCUCAUCCUGAACCAAACUUUUCAGGUCUAAACCUGUGAACUGAGUGCAUUCGUUUUACUCUCCGCUUCGUGAUGGUCCCAGCUUGACCUUUGCGCUCAGUUGCCGAAUCACCGGAAGAGUCUCAUGUUUCAAUCUAGGCAACGGAGUGCACCCCUCUGUCGUUCCUCUCCUUUUUUUGCUGCUCCCAUUUGCUGAAUCGACCCCGAACGUUUUAACUCGCAACUAAAAUUUCUCCCAAUUUACUCUCAGCAAGUGAUUAGACCAGCCUCAAAAAUGUCCAUCAACACUUGUUUUGCUGUUAAUUUAUAGUGUCAAUCUAUCAUCCAUCGAUCCAUCUUUCAACCCACCCGUCGGCCUGUCUGUCUACCUGCCCUAAAUUAUGUUUUUGUCAUUAGUCAUCUUCAAUGUGCCACUUACCGUAGAGUUAUCACAAGUCUUUCUCUUGAAGACAAAGGUUUUCGAAAAUUCGUUAUUCUUUUCUCAAUAUGAGGUCCAAUGUGAUCAAGAAGGAUUUGAAAAGUUUCAGGGCGCAUCCGAAUAUAGGAAACACAUUUUUCUUCAUCUCUUAAAACUUCAUCCAGAAGAUGAUGCUAUUCUCCAAAAUCACCUCUUCGUAAAAAAAUUCUGUGUGUCCAGUAACGUUUUGGGGUUCGACGUUUCCUUUUCAUCCAAAACAGUAAGAGCAAUUGCAAAGCCUCCAUUAUUAUUCCACCUAGUGGAACCCAAACUGAGCAAAAUGGCGCAAUGUGUCGCCAGUGAGGUUACAAAAAUGUAACACAUUCGUUUCUCUUCCAUUUUCUUGCCGAUCGUCGAAAUGGAGACAAAAGAGAAAGGAGUGCAAAACGAAUGCACUCAGUUCACACCCUUAGAUUGCAAUAAUCACUGAUGUGGACUCCUAAUAAUCAGCAGGCACCAGCUCAUACGAGUGCUAUUUUUUAAAUUAUUGUUUGUUUUGUAUUUCAAACUUUCUCAUAUAUUCUUCCUAAUAUUCCCCUUAGACCUGUGGUUUCCUGAAAUCUUUGGGGUUCCCCAAAAGACAUUUGCAUACAUUUAAAUUGCUGGCUAUAACUACCUUAUAGUUCACAGAUGUAAAAAAAAAGAGAGGGUGGGGUAGUUACCCAAGAAAAAAAGUUAGAUUCUGAAAAGAUGCACCUAGACCAGGGGUCGGGAACCUGCGAGCCAGAUGUGGCUUUAUUGAUGGCUGCAUCUGGCUUGCAGACAAAUGUAAAGAUACGAAAUACUCAUUGUUUAGCAACAGCAUAACAAUGCUAUUAAAACGAAUUCAGAGACAUAAUUAUUGCAUUUUUAGUGUUGCAAUUACACAAAAUGCACAUAUUUCCUUGAAUUUUUAGUUUUAAACAUAAUGUAUGGCUCUCACAGAAUUACUUUUCAAAAUAUGUGGUGUCCAUGGCUCCCUCAGACAAAAAGGUUCCCCACCCCUGACCUAGACUAGUUUAUUUUAAGAAUCUCUGUUUAGUCCUGGAUAAAUCAACUGAAACUAGCACAUUAUCUACACUGUUGUCUUUUUUAAUUUUAUGGGGCAUACUUGUCAACUUCAUUGUUUAGCCUAAUGUUUUUCUUUACAAAAGCUUUCAUUUCAGAGUUCAUCAAUUUCAUUUGAUAGCCCCCACUUCUUUAUAUAUUUUAUCUAUCCAGAGAUUUGGUAGCCUUGAAAACAUUGAAAGUAUACAGAGAUGAAGAUUCUGUGCAGAGGAAAGAAUUGCUGGAUGUCAGACAGGGCAAGUACAGCUACUCCGAGUUGAUGGGACUUGUUGAAAGGUUAGGGGAUGAUUUUUUUAGAUCUAAUUGGUUUAAUCUUUCUCUCUCAAUGAACUGGCAUUAUUUACUUUGAGCAACCAACUUCUAAAUAUUUAUCAAAAGAGUGUUAGUCAGUGGAGGGAAAACUCAUUAAUUGGCACAUGGUCAUUGUUUUAGAACACUCAUCUGUUGGAUCAGGUCUCAUUGCUUGGCACAUGGCCAUAGUUUUAGAACACUCAACUGUUGGAUCAGGUCUCCUUGCUUGGCACAUGGCCAUAGUUUUAGAACACUCUUCUGUUGGAUCAGGUCUCAUUGCUUGGCACAUAACCAUAGUUUUAGAACACUCAACUGUUGGAUCAGGUCUCAUUGCUUGGCACAUAACCAUAGUUUUAGAACACUCUUCUGUUGGAUCAGGUCUCAUUGCUUGGCACAUUGCCAUAGUUUUAGAACACUCAACUGUUGGAUCAGGUCUCCUUGCUUGGCACAUGGCCAUAGUUUUAGAACACUCAUCUGUUGGAUCAGGUCUCAUUGCUUGGCACAUGGCCAUAGUUUUAGAACACUCAUCUGUUGGAUCAGGUCUCAUUGCUUGGCACAUUGCCAUAGUUUUAGAACACUCUUCUGUUGGAUCAGGUCUCCUUGCUUGGCACAUGGCCAUAGUUUUAGAACACUCUUCUGUUGGAUCAGGUCUCAUUGCUUGGCACAUAACCAUAGUUUUAGAACACUCAACUGUUGGAUCAGGUCUCAUUGCUUGGCACAUGGCCAUAGUUUUAGAACACUCAUCUGUUGGAUCAGGUCUCAUUGCUUGGCACAUGGCCAUAGUUUCAGAACACUCAUCUGUUGGAUCAGGUCUCAUUGCUUGGCACAUGGCCAUAGUUUUAGAACACUCAUCUGUUGGAUGCGAUCUCAUUUGCUUGCCAAGUGGUCACAGUCCUAGAACACUCUUCUGUUGGAUGAGGUUCAGGCUUGUCAAUUGUAAAAAAAUCAUUGCCAUAAUCUUCACUCAGAAAACUGACCAGAAUUUACAUUGCAGGUGUGCAACACUUUCAAAACAUUAAUCAAGAUUGUGUUUUUUAUUUCCUACAUUCUGUGUUGCAAUUAAUUCUUUGCCAUUGCACAUAUCCAUGAUCAAGAAUAUCUGUAUUAUUAAUUUAGAUUGAAUUUUUGGACUCAUGUGUUUACAGUGUGUAAAUAUAAAUGUUUAGUAAAAUAUAUUACCCAUUUUUAGACAGUGUGUAACACUUAUUCUUUUAUAUUUUUGUUUAGCUACUUGAGAGAAAUUGAGAAAAGUGAGGCAAACUUAUCGGAUGUUGAUAUGGCAGUGGCCAAAAGAAAAGUUGAGAACUGGUUGCUGAUGUGUAGAAUACAAGACUUAGACAUUAACCCAUACCAGCCAGCUGAUCAGAACUUGUGAACAGAUUUUUAGUUUAAUGUCUUGGGUUUGAAUUGUUAUAACUGUAAAAUGUUGUCUGUGUUCAAAUAUGUAUUUAUUUGUAUGCUAAAAAUAAAUAUGUACAAUGUGAUAAAAAAAAUCAAUUUAUUUAGAUUAAUAAAAUAAUCUUAUCUUAUUUUCUGAAACUAGUUAAAUAUAAUUACAAAUUGAAACUUAAACCAUGCAACAAUUAUUGUUCAAAAAUAAAAUGAUAAAAAGUAACAUUUUUUAAAAACAUUUUAUUGUGAAAAUCUAUUUAAAAAAUAAUUAGUGUAAAUUGAUAUAUGAAUUGUUUGUGCAUAUCAAAACACUUUAAAAAACUUGUUUUCACAUCAUUAUGUUGAUGUCAAGUAAUGGUUCUGAUACAAUUAGACACAAUUAUUUUACCAACAGACUAGACUGUAUAAGCUUAGCUGUUGUUAAAUACAUUUUUUUAAUAUAAUUGUUAAUUUUUUUCAAAUUAAAAAAAAAAUUAAUUUUGAAAAGACCUUACUUGCCUCGUCUGUUAAAACUCUUAAACACAUACCAUGUUUAUUGACCAAAGGCUCUUUGUCUCUACUGUUAUCUUUAUUGACCACUUCAGAACAUUUAUGUUUAUCUGACCAGCUCAUAAUCUAUUGAUUGGUUGUGUAUUGAUUAAUUACAUUUUCAUGUAUUCAAUUUUUUAAUAUUUUUUUAAAAUCUAAAAUUUGAAGGAAUGUUUUGAAAAGAAAAUAUUGCAUAAAACUGUCUUUCCUGCUACAGAGGGAUACACAAUUGUUGAAUGAGCAUGUAAUAACGAACACAUGGAAAAAUUCAACAUUUUUAUAAGCUUUAGAAAGAAGAAAAAAAUUUUUUAAUAUACCCUUAAAAAUAAACAUGUUGAUUUCCCUAUCAAAGAUGUGUCUCAAAAAGUCAGUGCUAAAAUGCAUUCAUGGAAUUUAAAGAAAACAGGGGACAAAUGUACACAUUUUACAAAGAUUUUGAAACCUUUCAGUUAAAUAAAUUGUGCUGUAUUAUAAUAUUCAACAAUAAAUUGUCAAAUUUCAGUAGAAGUUAUUGGUUUAAUGAAAAUAAAAAUUCAACCUAUUUUUAAAAUAAAAU